UCAGAACAGAGAGCAGCAUUUACUCAGUCUGCAGACAAACUUGUACAAACCACUUGGUUGUGGAUCAGUCGCAGGACAGGAGGAUCUCUGGCCGUUCCUCCGGGGCUCGCGGACAAACCACUGGACUGGACGGGACGGGCUUUUCCUUCCUCCCUUUUCCUCCCUUCAUAUUUCACUUUUUUUUUUUUUUGUACCAGCUUGUUGCGCCGUGACCAAAAGAUUAUACUUUCACGCAAAUAUACAUUUGCCUCAAAAAAAGGACAAUGCCUCGAUCUUUCUUGGUCAAAAAGUACUUCGCUAAACAAAAACCAAACUACAGUGAACUGGAAUGCCAAAAUGACGCCUCACUGGAGAGGUAUCCCCUCGCCGAGCUGUCGCCGGCGGGCACGUCGGCGGCCACCUGCUUCACCACGGGGCUGGUGUGGGACCUGCGGGUGCUGCCCGCCCUCUACCUGCCCACCUCCCAGUCCGAGGCCUCGGCCGCCUCGGGGCCCCUGGACCUCAGCUCCCCCUGCAGCCUGAGCAGCGGCGCCAGCAGCAGCGGGGACGAGGACGAGGGCCGCACGUCCGACCCCCCCAGCCCCGAGCCCGUGCACACGUACGCCCCCCGCCAGCGGAUGAAGUGCACCGGGGUCAUGGCUCACAUCAGCCCCCCCGGGGAGGAGGACGAGGAGAGGGAGACCCCCGUCACGGCGGCCAGGCCGGCCUUCCUCUGCAAACACUGUCCCAAGGAGUACACCAGCCUGGGGGCCCUGAAGAUGCACAUCCGCUCCCACACGCUGCCCUGCGUCUGCACCACCUGCGGGAAGGCCUUCUCCAGGCCCUGGCUGCUGCGCGGCCACAUCCGCACGCACACAGGUGAGCGCCCGUUCUCGUGCCCCCACUGCAACAGGGCCUUCGCCGACCGCUCCAACCUGCGGGCUCACCUCCAGACCCACGCCGAGGUGAAGAAGUACCAGUGCGGCGUCUGCUGUCGCACCUUCAGCCGCAUGUCGCUGCUGCAGAAACACAGCUCCUCCGGGUGCUGCUCGGCCUCGGCGUGAGGGCGACACGGCGCCACCGGGGGCGAGAGCCAGCGGAGCCACUAGCGGCCCACGGGGGCAGCUCGGGGCAGCUGAGGAACCCGUGGUGCCGCACAAGUUGUCUUGCACACACCUGGCUGUAACUGUUUAGGACUCGUAAGGCCAACGACGUGCAUGACACGGCCAUUUUUUUAAGAGACCAAGAGAGGGUUUCCGACCUCAGCUCUGACCGUACGAGCCUCUCGGCGUCCGUGUUCCAUUAUUAUAGCUGAGAUGCAGAUUUGUUUCCCCCCCGGUCCUUCCCUGUACUGAGGCUCGAGGCUGGACCAGAUCUGAGCUGAGCGGUGCAGAAACCCGGUCCACAUCAGCCCCUCUCUCUUCCUACUGUGCCCAUUCCAAACAACCAGCAUGUUGUGAACUGUUUGUGGGGAGAGGUGUCCUCUCCCGUGUCCGUCCUGGUGCCGGUCAGCUCAGGAUCACGGCCUGCAUACAGCUGCUCAGAGGUAGGGGUGUCUGGGUGGCAUAAAUCUCUCGGCGUGCCUGAAAACACACACACACACACACACUUAUACACACACACACACAAGCAAAAGCCCAUCCAGCUGUCCCUGGUACUGCGGCGUAGAUGGACGAGGUGCUAACAGGUGCUGCAGCCGUGACCUUCGCUGCGUGAUAGCAGGUGACAUCCACUGCCCUUGCUUUGCUUGAGAAGAAAGAGGAAGCAUGUCAUCACAGAAGAAUGGCACCGUUUUUUUUUUUGUGUGUGUUUUUUUUCCACCAGCGGGGAUCAUUUUAAGCCUCUAUUUUGACUACGCUCAAACCUUCUCUUUAAUCUGAUGAGUUUCAGAGAUAGGAAAAGCUGUUCUUGCUAUUUUCCAAAGAAAGCUCACUUUUUUGCGGCUCUGCUGCCGUGUUGGAUGAAAAGCCAUGCACUCAAGGUUACCACAGUGUUAAACGCCAGCCAAAGCCAUAUAACCUUAAUGAAUGUGCCUUGAAAUUGUAUUACUUUCUCAACCAAAAAUGUGCCUUUUUCUUUACCUCAUGUACUAGCUGUGGCUUUAAAACUGUUUGCAGUAUUAGCAGAAAUUAGCGGCACGCAGUUUUUGAGACGUCAGAAGGCUGGGACCAAAGAUUUUACAGUUUACACCAUAGAUAUGUGGUCGUGCAACAUGAAAGCAUUGUAAACAGAGCAGAAACAAACUUUUUAUUUUUAACUUUCCUAAACAUUUUAUGGCUGUUUUUUAGUGCAAUGUGGAGAUGAUGGUUGUUUUUUUUUUGUAUUCCGCUUGUGUGUUCACUUGUACUUUCUGUAUGUCGUAACUGAUCCUUUUUUUUGUUC